ACCAACAAAAAAUGACACUAAUAUAAAACUGUUUUACUGUUUUGUAUAAGUAAUUUUCACUAUUUUUUAAGAGAAACAUUAUCACCAAAAUGAAUAUAUAUCUUUAUCACUGAUCUUAUUUAUAUUUCUAUAAUUUAUCACAAGAUGAAUGAUUUUGAAAAGGUGUAUGCCAUCCAGGUGAUACUAGAAGAUUUAAGCACCCAUCCCUUUUGUGCACAUGGACCUACAUUACUAUUUCGAAGAAAAAUAGAUAAAAAUGGUACCACCCGCGAUUUUUUUGCAUGUUCAGCCUAUAGAGACAGGAAAGGGUGCCCCUUUUUCAAAUGGGCUGAUGAGUACAAAAUGAUAAAUGAUAAAAGUUCCCUCAGAAAAGAACAAUUAUUGAGUGAGCUGAAUCAUGAUGAAUAUUUUUCUAUGCUGAAAAAGAUAAGGGAUGCACAACCUUUACUUCGAGCUUAUUGUUUCACUUGUAAUCAAUUUUUUAUAAAACCCUCAAAAGAUCAUACACAACAUAAUGUUAAAUACAAUAUAUCAACGAAUGAGUUAAAUCAUCCGAUGUCUUUGUUAAUGCCUCUCAGUAAUAAUAAGAAGGAAGCACAGUAUUUGUUCACUCAGCAAUCUGUUAAAGAUAUUACAGACAUUGCUUUUAAAUUAGGAUAUUGCAAUUUUCUGUGCAUCGGCACACCUUUGAUUAACGAAUAUAUAAUAAAUAAGAAUGAUAAAGCAUAUUCAAGUUUGCUGCUUGAUAUUGAUACCAGAUUUCAUUCAUUUUAUGGACCAAGUGAAUUUAUUUGGUAUAAUAGCUUCAAUCAUCACUUUUUCCAUCCUGAAGACAAAACUGUAUUUGAAGAUUUUUUAAAGAUAGAUGGAGGUACAAAAACUUGUGUCUUUAUGGACCCACCAUUUGGUGGUCGUUUGGAACCAUUAUCACAAACACUUAAAAUUAUGUCUGAAACAUGGCUAACACUUAAUGGGCAAGAAAAAUCUGAAGGCAUAAAAAUACCAGUAUUUCUAAUAAUGCCUUACUUUAUGGAAUCUUUAAUUAAAGCUAACAUGCCUGAAAUGAAUAUGAGUGAUUAUAAGGUAUCAUACAUAAAUCAUUCCAAAUUCAAUGAUAAGAAAUCAAAACAGGGAAGCAUUGUUCGAUUUUUCACUAAUAUAGAAUUGAGUAAAGUCAUUCUACCAUCUACUGACUAUAAAUUCUGCAAACUUUGUGAUUAUUGGGUAUCAAAAGAAAAUUCACACUGCAAAAAAUGUAAUUCUUGUACAUCAAAAGAUGGUCGAACAUAUGUACAUUGUAAUAUUUGCAACAAAUGCGUGAAGCCAACUUGGACUCAUUGUGAAUUAUGUUCUAAAUGCUGCUUGCCUGAUCAUAAAUGUGACAACAAUGAUCAAAGCAUAAGAACUGAACAUAAAAAUACAAAGCGAGCAAAGAAUGUGACUAGACAAAAGAUACCGAACAAGUUUUCAAAAAAGCAAAAAUAAUUUAUGUACAUAUUCUAUUUAAAAAUACCAUAAUUAAUAAGUUUGGAAACUCAGUCAUACAGUAUGACUUGUGCAAAUUUUUAUAAACUAU